AUGGACUCUGAUCAUGAACAUUCUGACAACGACGACAACAGCUACAUGGAAGAAGAGGAGGAGGACGAUUCCUUGGAAAUCACGGAGCAAAAUCAUAGUACGACCAGUAAUUUCGAUCGGUUGCCACUGAUUCCAACUGACUUUUCAGAUAUGUUCGAAGCUCAACAGAACUUUGCUGCUGUCUUUGAUUCGAGGUAGGCCUUGUGUUUUAAUUUUGUGGUUUAGUGUGAAUUGUGCUUUCAAGUAAUUUUAUUUUUAAAUUGGGAUGGCAAAAUUCGGAGAUUUAUGGAUUUUGUUACCUAAAAUUUGAAUUUACUGGUUUCUGAAGUACCUGACGACUUUUAAAAUUGACGAAAACGUACUUUACAAUGUUUUGCUCUUUAAAAGUUUUUAAAAAAGCUUAAUUAUAGUUAUUAAUUUUAAAAAUUGGAAUUUUAGGUAUGGGGGUGUACAUCCACGUUUCUUCCAAGGUACUUUACGUGAUGCUAUCGAUGAAUCUUUCGGAAUUAGUAGCAAAUGCCCUGUAAUGGAAAGAAGGCCAUUUGCUAUUUAUCUACACAACGACGACUCUGUAGCUGCCAAUAUCUUUGCUCAAAAUGUAAUAAAUUUUUUAUUUGUUAUUUAAAACUGAAAUUUAAUGUAAUAAUUAAAUUUUUUGUUAUGUUUCAACUUAUAAUAUAGUAAAUUCUUAUUUAUAAUAUUUAGGUAUUAUGUUCGGAGACUGCUUCAGCUCUUUUGAACUGCCAGUAUGUUUUGUGGGCUUGGGAUGUUACCCAAGAAGACAACAGGAACAAGUUCAGAGAUUGGGUCACUGAAUUGGGACUUACCGAAGUUGGAGAUCAAAUCAGAAUGCAUGUGAAGGAAGACUACCCUUUGUUGAUGUUGAUAACAAAAGAUAGAUCUACAUACAGUGUUGUUCACUUUUGUCAAGGCUUUGAUAAUCCAACUGACUGUGUGGAGAAGAUUAUGCAAACGUUGGAUUCUUAUCAGCUGAUCAAAAACAAGGAACAAGCUGAAGAAACUAGCCGACGUGAAAGAGAACAGAUUCGUCAAGAACAAGUUGAUGCUUAUGAACAAUCCAAAGCUAUUGACCGGGCUAGACAACAGGAGCAGGAGAGAAUAAGACAAAAUGAAAUGUGAGUGGUUUUAUAUUAAUUUGGUUCAUUUGUAGGGUGAUAUUGGUUUAAAAGUAUGUAGAUGGGGCUUUUUAUUAUUUUUCUCUCUUAGUUUUAAAAGUUUAAUAGUUUCUUAUAUGUAUCUUAUAUUAUUUUACGUAUCAAUAUCAUAGAACGAUCUUAAUAAACCGUAUUUUAGAGCGGAACAACAACGAAUUGUAGAAGAAGAAGAAAGGAGACAACAAAGGAUGGCCACUCUCGCUUCUUCGUUGCCGGUCGAACCCUCUUCUACUGACUGUAUCACGAUAAGAAUCAGAUUUCCAUCAGGAGAACAGAAGAUUCGACGUUUCAAUAAGACUGACCAACUGAAAUGGCUGAUGACUUUCGUGGAAUCUCUCGGCUAUGACAUGUCAUCUCAUAGAAUCUGGAACUCUGACAUUCCUAAACGGGAUCUGUCGCAGUUCGAUUCGUCAAAGUCUUUCACUGAUUUAAACUGGCCUCUGAGAGAACAAGUAACGGUCGAAGAGAAGUAA